CCCCCCCCUCACAAACACACACACACCCUCCCUCCCUUUUCGACAUUGACUAACACUCGCCUAAUGAAUAUUGUUAACAAUAUUUGUCUAAAUCCAUUGCUGUAUCGAUAACGCACCUAUAUGUGCGUUUUUAUGGUAGUAUUUCAAGUUUCCCUUGUCAUCUGAAAUUUAACCUCGAUCUUUGAUUUUAUCGAUGUUUACCGCCAACCUGACACUUGUAAGUGCGCGCGGCGCCGGGGCCCCCUCUCUUUUGCCAUUAAAGACGUGACCUCUCGCGCUACAGCACGUCAACUCAGCCGAUAAAACAAUCAGCCCGUGACAGGUUCAAGUAGGAGUCUGUUUAUUCAUGCCCCGCAGUGAAUAGAACUGUUAGCACUAGUCAUAAUAAAUGUCCUGAAGUUUUACAUUAACGUUCGCGUAUUACGGCCUAUAUAGCCAUUCCCCCCUGCAAAUAUUACACGACCGCGAUAUUUUGAUCUGCACUUGUCACUUUUUUAAAUCGUCCUGACUUGAGACGAUGGAAGGAUUUAAUUAACGGUUCGAGUAGUCCGAUGAUUAAAAACGAUGUUCUAUUUGAAAAUUGUAUAUAAUUUGUUUAUAUAAUAGUUUGUUAGAUGUCAACAACCUUGUAUCAUUUUCUUGAUAUUUCCUUCAAAUACGAUGACGAAUAAGUUAUUCAUUUAUGCUUUAGUCAUAUAAUCAUUAACGCCGACAAAGGUUCUAAUGCCACACACUCGACAGGUUAACAUUUACAUACAAAUUACGCAAAGUCGGUAUUGUUUUCUCGUCAGUAGAGAGAGACGGUGUAUAAAUGAACUUUGUUGAAAUGUAGCCCAGCACAGCACCGAUGAACAGUGAUUACAGCAUUCAAGUCGUACUUGGAACUCGAGCGUUAAAAGAUGAACGCGUGUUUGAUCAGACGGGACUUGGUGAAACCAGCCGCUAUUCACGCGUCUAAAUCGAGGAACAAUUAGCCACGUCCGGCUCUAAAUCUAGCGAUAGAAUGCUUUACUGAUUUGCACGAUAUGACGAACGAGAGACAUUUCCAUGGACAACCUCAAAUUGACUAUUUCUAUAGGCCAACGGAGAAGAAAUUAGAGAUGUACGAAGGUCAGAUAACAUCUACGACAACGGGCAUGGAGUCACAACAAAAGAACAACUUAGCGGCGGAGCUUCCUCUGGAUCCCGUUAUGAAAGUGCUCGAUUCCUUGCGGAUAGAACCUCGAGCCACUCGUCACGCUUUGAAUACUAACGGAGUAUUGGCUACCCAUGAUUUAACCGCUUUAAGAGGGAGUAGAGAUGGUUAUUCUCUGCGCUUUGAUGCCUCGUCAUCCCAUUCUAGGACAGGAAAUGAUCUUCCCGUAGUCAAGAGCUAUCUAAAUUCUGCUACGGAUGACUCGACGGAUGCAGAAUCGACACAAUCUUCGGAAUUAUCAUCUGAGAUUCGCUCGCUAAAUACGACUUCUACAGAGUCCGAGAAUCGACCCAUUAAACAGCAGAUAGUCAAAGCGAGUCGAGACAGCCGGUCCACCAAGUUUAAUACUAUCACUGUCCGUACUUCUAAUGGCUUUAUCAUCGAUUUAGACGUUGAAGUUACUAGAACUGUGGUAAUGCUUAUGAAAAUAAUACUAUGGCUUAGGCAGAGAUAUCUGGGUGGAAAGUCUUUAUGCUAUAGACAAGCUAAGCUUAGCCCAGGCGCGAUAGUACCUUUCCCAGACAGCUCGAGCGACGAGAGCUUCUCUUCACAAGACACCAUCAUACUCAAUACAAAACCUAAGCGCAAGCGCAUUUCAUUUAGUCCCAACACCCUUCUCAUAUCUGCUGUAACAGACAAAUCAUUUUCUGAGGCUCAAGAAAUUUUGGCGAAUAAUGAUAUUGAUGUAAACCAACAGACACCGAGCGGGCAAUCGUUACUACACAUAGCAGCGGGAAACGCUGAUUUAAAGUGCACGCGAUUGCUACUGGAGUACGGAGCUGAUGCGAAUAUAAUGGACCAAGACGGAUGGGGCCCGCUACAUUCUGCCAUACGCAGAGGUAACUGGAAAUGCGCGAUUUUACUCAUUGAGUCAGGAGCUGACUUCGCGGAAUAUUCACAACGUCGAAUACGAGAAUACAAGGAUGUGUUACAGAAGUCCAAAUCAUGUUAUAAGUCAAUGGAAAUUUUUGUUUAAAUUUAAAAGCCAAUUUGAAUGUUAUAUGAAUUAUUAGAUGUCUAGAGAUAUUUAAAUUCUUAAAUCCACAUUUAUAUAGCAAUAUUGUAUAUGUAUGUAUGACGUAACUUUCACACCACCCGCUGACAUAUUUAUAACACAAUUGUAUAAACAUUCACACAUUAAGAGAUUUGGAUAAAAGAUAGCGACCGUUUGA